UGUAAGAAAAUAGAAUUUCCCAAAAAUCAUUUAUAAAAAAAUAUAGAGAAUAAUAGGAAAAACAAUUUUCAAUCAUCCAAAUGGAGGAUAAAAGCUUUAUUUGGACGCCUGAUCUAACUAGGAGAUUUUUUGAAUUAAGAUUUGAAAACGAUUUGCUAUUUAAAAAGCUUAAGCAACCUUGGGGAGAAUUUCAUAAAAUUUUACAAGAAAAUGGUUUCCCUGAAGAUAUGACUGUAAGUCAUGUGCGCAAAAAGUGGUCAUACACAUAUGAUGCAUAUAGAACAGCAAAAAGGGCCAAAAAUAAAGAUUGGAAAUAUUACAAAAUGUUUGAUAAGCAUUUUGGUAAAACUAAAGUUUUAGAUAAAUAUGAAUCUUGGGACAAUGAGUGGAGACUUAAGCUUAUUUUAUGUGUGUCCGAGGCAAUGGAAAUGAAAAUCGAUUUUCACAAUUUGUGGAGAGUGGUGGAAAGUGCUCUAAGGUGUCAGGACUUACCCAUAGACUGUUGCAUACAAGAUAUUAAGGAAUUGUGGCAGUAUAUUAAGACAACUUUUAAUAGGAAGCACCGUUUAAAGUUAAAAAGGGGUGAGGAUUCUAGCGAGUGGCCCCUGUAUGACACCAUGUUGGAAUACUUCAGAAAAUACGAAAAGGACUACUUGGACAGACUAGAAAAUGAUUCUUGUAUGGACCUUAGUAACAUAAAAUCUAAAUUAUUGAGCAAAAGAAAAACAGAGUUGGAUAGUGAAGAAGGCAGUGAGUUUCAAUGGUCAAAGAACAUAACAGAAUCGUUUAUCCAAAUCCGGCUGCAGCAGGACUGGCUGUUCAGACAACGGAAAUGGGCGUGGAACAAACUGCGCAACAUCAUGAUUGAGGAAUAUGGAUUCCCUGAAACGUUAACAAGUCGAGACCUAAGGAAGAAGUGGGCGUGGACAUUUGCGGACUACCAGAAGGCAGUGGCUAGCGGUAACCGGUCGUGGGUGUACUACCGACUGUUCGAACUGCACCUCGGAGACGGCACACUCAGUCUCAACCCUCUUAAACACUGGCAGGAGGAGUGGGUGCUGAACGUGAUCAGCGCGCGCGCGGAGCUCGACCACCUGUUUCAGGCGGAAGGCAAGGAGCGGCACAGCGCUUGGCGAGAUGUAGAGAAGAAACUUCGGACAGUCGGCAUUCCGUUAGACCACAGCUUGCUAGACUUGGAGGAGAUCUGGAUACACCUCAUAAAAACGUACAAGUGGAAACUAAAAUUCGCAAACAAGGGUAUACUGAACGAGCAAUGGCCGUACUUCGAUGCUAUGUCCAAAUACAUGCAGACUCGAGUUAUACCACGAAAACCGAUGAGAGAGGAAUACUUGGACGACGACUUCGAUGGGGUUGAUAAUGAUGACGAUAUGAAGCUUCUAGAUCUUAAGGAGAAGUGGUCUACUCACUCUACAGUGAGACCGAAACACGAGCCGAGCCUGUGCCGGGCCUGCUCGAGCGAGGAGGGUUGCGUCAGUAUAUUCGACGAGAGAGAUGAUGAUGGAGUGGAUCUCGCGAUUAAGUUGAAGGUUGUCGGCGGUAUUGAGGUGGAGCGGGGCGACUCGUUACCAUCGCAGAUAUGUCUUACCUGCCUCAAGGAGCUCGACGCAGCUUACAAGUUCCGACGGAAAUGCCAGGACGUCGACAAACAUCUGCGCGACACCAGCAUCAAGACGGAGAUCAAACACGACACCCACGAACUCCACACACCGGAUAUCGAUGACUACGACGAUCACCAAACCCAACCGAUCAAAGUUGAGAAGCCAAGAAGAAAAAAAGUGCGCCGACCCAAAUACGAGUACUGGAAGGUAUGCGAAGUCUGCGGAAAACACACCAAGAAUCUCCUCGGCCAUUUGGACACCCACGCCAGCGAUAAAGUCUACUCCUGCGACGUCUGCCAAAAGAAAUUCAAGUUCAAGAGCGGUUUGGUCGUGCAUAAAGCCGUCCACAACCCCACGCCGAAGAAGACUUGCGAAGUUUGCGGGAAGACCUUCCACAUUAUGGCGUCGUAUCGACGCCAUUUUGUUUACCACGCGAACGAGAGGAAAUACAGCUGCGAAACUUGCGGGAAGAGGUUCAAUACGAUGGAUAUAUUGAAGGUUCAUACAAGAAUGCACACGGAUGAAAGACCAUUCAGUUGCUCGGAGUGCGGCAAAACGUUUAGGACUGCGGGUUGCGUCAGUCGACAUAAAAGAAUAGUGCACAAAAACGUCAAGCAGUGACGGCACACUGACUUGAUGGUUACCUGAAAUAUGACUAAAUGAGUGUGAGGUUAGUGAUAUUUCAGAUGAUAGUCAAGUUAAGCUUAGAUCUAUGAUCUAUAUCGAAUUGAAACGCUGAAUAGGAUAAUCAGUCAUGUUUAGCUUAAAUGAUCGAAAUGCAUUGCAUCCAUUUUAUGUUAUUUGUGUUUAAUAACAUUAAACACAAAUAACAUAAAAUGGAUGCAACUGCCAGGUUUGAAAUGCUGCCUGUGUUUCAUCAGUCUUAACACAAAAGAGAAGGCAAGACAUCAUCAACUCUUAUGGAUAUACUCGGAGACUAUCGAAGGAAGCUUUAAGUUGCCUUAAGGGUAUCUUGCUAACAUUCCAGACGCAUCCAAAGUUAGGCUACGAACCACAGAAACCGACCCCAUCUCGCCAGGCCCGGAUUUGUAUAUAGGCCGUAUAGGCCGCGGCCUAGGGUCGGCAGAUUUCAUACGAGAGCCAGCGGAAAUAAAGUGGGCUACACUUAAUAUAAAUUCGGCACUGCGUCUCUCCAUCUUUCGAAGAAUACGAAUAAUGCCUGCAUCAGCCAGGAGAGAAUAGAAUAGGAGAUGAAAUAUAAUUGUCCUCCGUGAAUCAUGCGUAGUGUACGCACUACGCACGCAGUACGCACGUAGUCGAUUGUGAACAGGCUUUGAUAUAGUCAAGUGCUGAUUCUUCAAGACAAAACGUCUUCAUCAAUUGAACAAUUUGUGCAUUAAUUUAAAUACAAAUAAGAUAGAAGUGAUGAAUCUAAAGUAUUUUGUUAUUUUGUUUGUACUUGGCCUUGUUAUCAAUUGGAAUGUUUAUUAAAGGUCUUUAUCGAGUAUGACUUA